GGCGGUAAUGGGUUGUUGGAUAGUGGCUGGCCACCCAAAAAGAAAAUAAAUACCAAAUCACUGAGAAAAAAAAGGAGAAAUCUUUCAGCUCAGAAAUCUUUCAUUUCCGAUAUGGUCGCAAAGGGUCAGCUUGGAAUAGCAUAAAAAAGAAAAUGAUCCAAGAAAAGGGUCGGAAAGGCCAUCAUCUUCCGACCACCGCCGGCGGAAAACCGGCGGCGGCGGCGAGGAAGAGGAGGAGAUGCAAUUUAGUGUCUUUUCAAGAACUGCCGGAGUAUAUGAAAGACAACGAGUUCAUUCUGAAUCAUUACAGAGCUGAAUGGCCCCUCAAAGAUGCCCUCCUUAGCAUUUUUCAGUGGCACAAUGAAACUCUCAAUGUCUGGACGCAUUUGAUAGGGUUUGUUCUGAUUUUGGUACUGGUUGUGGCAAACUCUGCCCAUAUUUAUCAGCUAGCAGAUUUCAUGACAGUGUUCUUAAGGAAUUUUCAUACUAAUGCAGAUGCUAACAUCUCUCAGAAUGUAAAUGAUAUUUUGCAGAUGACAGGUCAACAACGAGGAGAGGCUACGAGCCCAGUAAAAUGGCCAAUGUACGUCUUCUUGGCGGGUUCAAUGUUCUGCUUCCUAUCGAGCAGCGUGUGCCACCUCUUCUGCUGCCACUCGGAACCCCUAAACCUCGCACUCACCCAAAUGGAUUAUGUGGGAAUAGCGGUCAUGAUAUUCGCCUCCUACUUCCCCCCAAUGUACUAUAUCUUCCAGUGCUCCCCUCCAUGGCACAUCAUCUACCUAACAGCAACAUCCAUCAUUGGCACCUGCAUUACCCUCACUCUCCUCACCCCUGCUUUUUCCAAGGGCAAAUACAGGGCGUUUCGGGCAUGCCUAUUCGUCGCCAUGGGCCUGUUUGGAUUGGUUCCCGCUAUCCACGCUCUCGUCGUCUACUGGAAUGACCCUUACAGGAAUGUGACGCUGGCGUACGAGGGGGCCAUGGCAUUGUUCUAUAUAGUAGGGGUAGUGUUUUACGUGAGCCGAAUCCCGGAGAGAUGGAAGCCGGGGGCGUUCGACUUGGCGGGACAAAGUCACCAGAUUUUCCAUGUGUUUGUCAUCUUUGGUGCUUUGGCACAUUAUGGCGCGGCACACAUUUUCUCCCAAUACCGCACCAGGCUCGGAUGCCCUCCGCUCAACUAAAUCGAGUCAAACCACUUUAUAUAACAACGAGUUAAUACUCAUUUUCGUUCCUCCUGUAAGUCCACUCACGAUUCAAUUUGGUCCAUGUAAGUUUGGUCGAGUCAAAUUAGUCUUUUUGACUAAAAAAUUUGAACCUAAGUUUGUUUUUUCGAAACAUUUUGGCGGUAAAUGGCUGUUGAGGUAGCAUUUGGAUGUUUUG